AUGGCACUAUGGGAAUGCUUCUGUCGUUUCUCUGCAUCCGCCCGUCGCUACACCUCUUCCAAACCUUCAAAACCGGCUGGACUGCUCAUCGCCAACUACGAACCAGAAUGGGCUUACCGCCUUCACCUAUCCCAGCCCUUCGACGGCGGCGGUGACAAGCACCAGCGUUCAGCUGUACUGGGCCUAUUGGCUGGGUUUCAUGGUCCUGGGUCUUUAUCUGAUCCUUACUUCAUUAACAAAGCUGUCUCCUUUUGUGCCAAAUCCACUUCUUUCCUAGAGGGUAUUCAGUUGCAUUCUCAAAUUGUGAAGCUGGGUUUUACUUCAAACGUGUAUGUGUGUAGCGCAGUUGUCGACAUGUAUUCCAAAUGUGGCGACAUCAGGAGUGCCCAGAAAAUAUUCGACGAAAUGCCAGAGAGAAACGUUGUCACGUGGAAUUCACUUAUUUCUGGCUAUUUGGAUGCUAAUUUUCCGAAAGUAGCUGUUCAGUUGUUUGUUGAGAUGCUCCGACAUGCAGCUUCUGUUUCGCCAUUUAGCCUUUCUAGUUGUCUGGUCAGCUGUUCACAAUUGGAGGACAGGGACCUCGGAGAGCAGCUUCAUGCAUUAAGUUUGAAAGCGGGGUUUGACAAUCAUGUUGUCGUGGGGACCGGUCUGAUUGAUAUGUACUCAAAGUCUUGUAGCGUUGGACUCUCAAAGUUGGUAUUCGAGCGUAUAGUGGAUAAGAACGUGAUUACUUGGACAUCCAUGGUCACUGCUUAUUCACAGAAUGAAGAGCCUUGUGAAGCAAUGGUGGUAGUCAGAGAGAUGUUGCAAUUGGGUUUGAGAUUAAAUGGUGUGACGUUUAACAGUUUACUGAGUUCAUUUUCUACUCCAGAUCACUUAGAGUGCUGCAAGCAAGUUCAUUGCUGUGUAAUUCGCCAAGGUUUAGAGUCUAAUGAGUAUAUUACAGUCACACUUGUGACUGUCUAUUCGAAAUGUAGUCGCAGCCUGGACGAAUUCGUAAAGGCAUGCUCUGGUAUUGCAAUUUGGGACCAGGUAUCUUGGAAUGCAGUGAUUGCUGGCUACUGCAAUUUAGAAUGUGAAAAGGAAGCUCUCAGAUGUUUCUGUGAAAUGAGGCAAGCUGGGACUGACGGUGACUUCUAUACAUUUACUAGUUUGAUGGGAGUGAUUGGGAGUAGUUCAUUCCUUGAGGAGGGAAGAGAGGUUCAUGCUCUCCUUUCCAAGACUAGGUAUGCUUCAAGUUUGCAUGUGCAGAAUGGGCUUGUUUCCAUGUAUGCAAGAUGUGGUGCAAUUGACGAAUCAAAAAGAAUGUUCUGGUCGAUGCCAAAACAUGAUGUCAUUUCAUGGAACUCGCUUCUAACAGCGUGUGCACAUCACGGAUAUGGUAAGGAAGUUGUGGACUUAUUCGAAGAACUGAGAAAAAGCAAGACAAAACCAGAUGCUACCACUUUCCUUGCAGUGCUGUCUGCCUGUAGCCAUGUUGGUUUAGUAGAUCAGGGACUCGAGUACUUCGAUUUGUUGAAAAGUGAUGCAUUAAUUGGUCCCCCUAGAUUAGAGCAUUAUGCUAGCGUUGUUGACAUUUUUGGUCGAGCUGGAUACAUAAAAGAAGCAGAAACUUUUGUCAGCAACAUGCCAAUAAAACCUGGCUCCUCAGUCUACAAGGCUCUGCUUAGUGCUUGUUUAGUACAUGGUAAUAUGGAAGCUGCAGAGCGUUCUGCCAGAAAGCUUGCAGAUCUGUGGCCCAAUGAUAGUGCAACAUACAUCAUGCUAUCGAAUAUGUUGAAAAGAAGUGAUAAUUGGGAUGAUGCAGCAGUUGUGCGCAAACUGAUCUGUCACAGAGGCAUGAAGAAAAUACCUGGUUGUAGUUGGAGUUGA